AUGGCUCCAAAGAUUAACGGCGUCGGCAUCAUGCCCGAGGACACGCGCAUCUGCGUCGUCAUGGUGGGACUGCCCGCCCGGGGCAAGAGUUACAUUGCUCAGAGAGCCCAGCGGUACCUCAAGUGGCUCUCCAUCCCGGCAGCGACCUUCAACGUGGGCAACUACCGCCGCGAGAACGCGCCCCAUCCCUCGGCCGACUUCUUCGACACUAACAAUGCCGAGGGCGAGCGCAAGCGCCGCGCCGCCGCCGAGGCCGCCGUGUCAGACAUGCUCAAGUGGUUCAAGAGCGGCGGCGUCGUGGGCAUCCUCGAUGCAACCAACAGCACAAAAGAACGCAGGAGAUGGGUGCUCGAGCGGGUCGCCAGCAAGGGGAUUGAGGUGCUCUUUGUCGAGUCCAGGUGCGACGACGAGAACCUCAUCAUGGCCAACAUCCGCGACGUUAAGACCACCUCCCCCGACUACGUCGGCCAGGACCCGGAAAAAGCCGCCUUAGACUUCCGCGAGCGCAUCCGCAAUUACGAGAAGGUGUACAAGUCGAUCAACGACGAUGGCGACGAGGAUCACUUGACGUACCUCAAGAUCAUGAACGUCGGCAAAAAGGUCUUCAUCAACCGCAUCCAGGACUACCUGCAGAGCCGCGUCGUCUAUUUCCUCAUGAACUUGCACAUCCGCCCGCGUUCCGUCUGGCUGUCUCGGCACGGAGAGUCUAUGCUCAACCUGGAAGGGCGCAUUGGCGGCGAUGCACCGCUCUCGCAUCGCGGGGAAGAGUAUGCACUCAAGCUCCCCGAACUCGUUCGGGAAUCCGUUGGUAGCGACCGACCAUUAACGGUCUGGACCUCGACCCUAAAACGAACCAUCGCGACAGCCCGCCACCUGCCGAAGCACUACAACCAACUCCAAUGGAAAGCCCUCGACGAGCUCGACGCCGGCGUAUGUGACGGCAUGACCUACCAAGAGAUCGCGGACCAGUACCCCGAAGAUUUUCAGGCGCGCGACGAGGACAAGUACAACUACCGGUACCGCGGCGGCGAGAGCUACCGUGACGUCGUCAUCCGCCUCGAGCCCAUCAUCAUGGAACUCGAGCGCAGUGAGGACAUUCUCAUCAUCUCGCACCAGGCCGUCAUCCGCUGCAUCUACGCCUACUUUAUGCAAAAGACCCAAGAGGAAAGCCCCUGGGUGCCCGUGCCGCUGCACACCCUCAUCAAGCUGACGCCCCGCGCCUACGGCACCGAAAUGCAGACCUACCGCGCCAAUAUCAAGGCCGUCAGCACCUGGCGCGGCAAGGGCAGCACCGCUAAGCACGAGGACCCCGCCCCAGAGGGCGGCAUUUGA